GAGCAUCCGACAGGACAUGCUGAGUGGUUCCAGUUGACAGGAUGAGUGGGCAAGGUAAUCAACCGCCGGGUUUGCAACCCAAUGCUUUGUUGUCCGCAGUUAAGGUGGGCGCUCUCAGUGGCUCCGCGGGGCUCGUCUACGGUGGCAUUUCCGGUGUGCUUCGGUCUCAGCACCCGGUGAUCCAUUCGAUUUCCUGCGGUAUCCACUGGUUUGCCUGCGGAACUUCCUUUUGGUGGAUAAGAAAUGGCAUCCUGGACCUGCACUACCAAGGCGAGGCGACUCCGCGACAGCGCGCUUAUGUCAGCGCCCUGUCUGGCGGUCUCGCCGGCGGUGCGGUCACGAGACUAAUGGGAGGUCGCCUUGUUCCAGGGGCUGUGAUUUUUUCGAUGCUAGGCUAUCUCGGGCAAGGCUCGUACAAUGCGAUCGACACAUGGCAGAUGGAGCAUGCAAAUAGCCCGUCAAAGCCAAUCAUCCAGCGCAUAGCCGACUCGAAAUGGAUCCCGCUGAGGUCUCUUUCCGACGACGACUAUCGCGGUAUGCUUAGCGAAAAAUUGCUGAGUAUCGAGGCCGAAAUGAGCCUUAUCGACGACAAGAUCGAAGAACUGGAACGAUCCAAAGCCGAUUCAGGGUUUGCCCCGAUGCCUGCCGAGCCUGCGGAAAAAUGAUCGCAUAGAUCGAGCAUUGAGCAGCGAGGCGCUAUUUCCAGAGUGAUGCCCCCGAUCGCUUUGGAACCCUUUUCGACAUGUCGGUUUGGACUAUUUACCAGUCGGGGCAGAUGAUUGGCCGAAGUCCGGGAUAUCCUCCACCCCGUCCGUUUGAGAGUUAUCCAUUUGAAACCGGGCAUCUGAAGCGUUGAGGGCGUUCGCCAUUGGAUUUGCCUCGCAGGGGAAAUGACGUUGAGAUAGAUGUAUGGGACCCCCUGAGUGAUCUGAUCCAUGGGGAGUGGAUGGAUCAUGAAGCUCGGAGGUGCGAAACUUCGUCCAAAGCUGGCAUCUUGUGGAAUAGUAUGUACAAUAGCGAUAAUAGAGAGCCGAUAGGUCUACUAUGG